CGGGGCGCACGGCUGGCGAGCAGCUGACGGCAUCGUCACGGCGGCGCGAGGCAGCGCGCGCCCCGCCUGCCUGCGGGAGGAGCCCGCAUCCGCACAGCCUGCGCUGCCCUGUCCUAUGCGAGGCGAGCUCAGAAGAAGCUCUGAGCAGAGUUGUGUUCAUCCUCAGGUGCUUCCUAGUUGAUCCUUGGACCCCCUCGAGCAACAUGCCGGAGCAGAGCAAUGAUUACCGGGUGGCAGUGUUCGGAGCAGGUGGUGUUGGCAAGAGCUCCCUGGUCUUGCGGUUUGUGAAAGGCACCUUCCGGGAGAGCUACAUCCCCACCGUGGAAGACACCUACCGGCAGGUCAUCAGCUGUGAUAAGAGCAUCUGCACCCUGCAGAUCACGGACACCACCGGCAGCCACCAGUUCCCGGCCAUGCAGCGGCUGUCCAUCUCCAAAGGGCACGCCUUCAUCCUCGUCUACUCCAUCACCAGCCGGCAGUCCUUGGAGGAGCUCAAACCCAUCUAUGAGCAAAUCUGCGAGAUCAAAGGGGACGUGGAGAGCAUCCCCAUCAUGCUGGUGGGGAACAAGUGUGACGAGAGCCCGAACCGAGAGGUGGAGAGCAGCGAGGCGGAGGCGCUGGCCCGCAAGUGGAAGUGCGCCUUCAUGGAAACCUCGGCCAAGCUCAACCAUAACGUGAAGGAGCUCUUCCAGGAGCUGCUCAACCUGGAGAAGCGCAGGACCGUGAGCCUCCAGAUCGAUGGGAAAAAGAGCAAGCAGCAGAAAAGGAAAGAGAAGCUCAAGGGCAAGUGCGUGAUCAUGUGAACGCCCUCCGGUGGGAGCAGCGAUUGUGUGUCCCCCUCGCUUCCCCGCCCCCCUCCCGCGUGAAACCCACAGUCGUCAGGGUAGCAUGUCAGAUGCCCGCCCACGUGUUAAAUAUUGCGUUUUGACCGAGACGUGCGCUAUUGUCCUAAGAGGGCACUUCACACCACCACCGAUAAUCACCCCCUCUCCAGAAUCAGGGAGUCUGCCAGAUGCUUACACUGAAAACCAACCUGCCCGGCAUCGCAGGGACCCGAGAGGGGUGCCAGUCAUUUCUGGAGGCGUUGUUUGCCAUCAGGCGGUGGUCGGGCUCCUGCCCGCGGAAGCAGCGCGUCUGAGAGGAGGACGUACCAUCUGCAUGCAUGUGAGAGUAUGUUAACCUAGAGCUGCAGGCACGACCCCCAGACCAGACAUUCCCUCUGCUCAGAAGCCGGUGACAUCCCUGGGGGAGGGGCGGGGUGGGAGGAGGUGAGACGACCAGGCUGGGGUAGUUCCCUUCCAUGGUUUUCCCCCCCCGGAUUAAAAAUAAAUAACUCAGCCUCUCUUCCCCCAGAGGAUGUUUGUUCACUGUCAAAUCCCAGCUGACCUGUGAGCCUUGCCACUCUGCGGGGAUGGUCUCACCUCACUAAGCCUAGUUAGCAGGUAGCGUUUUAACCUUUCAAAGUCUUUCUUUUCGCACACAAUGACGACUCCCUUAAGAGUGUGUGCUGCUCUGUCAGACAUUCUUCGAGUUCUCUUUGAAAUGUUUGAGAGAGGAUAUUGUGACAACACUAAAACAUCGCAAUAACGCGCCUGUGGGUUAUACUCUGAGCGUUUCAGAAAUGUGAAGUUUCCUUCCUUUGAUCCAUGAGGGGUCUGACUCUUCCAGCCCUCAGAUUUUAAAUAAAAGUAAUUAAAGUAGCUAUUUUUAGAUAUUUUUUCCCCUCUGACAUGAUUUUCCUUCUUUUCAAUAACUCGAUCUGUAUCCAACUGGGUAACAAGCCAACCAAGGCCAUCCGGAGAUCAGAAGCACAUCCAUUUUGUAACAGACAUGGACGUAUAUAUGCCAUACUUUGCACCUUAAUGAAAUACUUUGAAAUAGAAGUUGUUCACUGUGUUUUUGAUGAUCUAUCUCUAACAAAUAUAUUCCUGGAAGAUGUGUUCAAGUGAUAGAUUGUUGUGCAUGUUCCAUUAGAAAUGUCUAAGAGCUGUUUGAUGCAGUGUUUACUUGGGGUCAUUUCCUCCUGGUGGUCUCAUGUGCUUCCUCAUCCCUUCAAACCAAAUUACAGCCACUGCUGGUUCUGCAUACUGAGUGGAGAUGGGAUGGGCAGGCUCUGUGCUGGGCAGGGCAUAGCCCGCUCACUCUGCCAUCAAGUCUGCUUUGACUCUGCUUCCCCCACAUUCCCACUGACAGAGCCCUUAAAGUCUCCGGUUUAUUCUAGUCUGCAUCCCAUGCUGGGCUCUUGUGGAAUUUUCCUCUCAGCACACUUUCCUUUUGCCCACCUGGCAGGCAGAGAGAGCGCUGCCCUUUGGCUUCCAUAGGGGCGCUUCCUGGGGGCACCAGCUGGGACAGAGUUGGCAAGGUUGGGACCUUUGCACGUACCCCAGCCCUCGCUCUGUCUUUCCUGCGCCUCCUGCUGCAGCAACUCCUGAGCAGCUCUGCUCCCAACAGAUGCUUAAUUAAUCCUUUCUGUUUAAAUUUUCUUGCCUUCAUUUCCUCCCCUUUGCUCUACUAGUAACUCAUCCUCGUGAUUAUGUAGUGUGUGUGUGUGGGGGUGCUUUAAGAACCGUUGGCUCCGUGGUCUGCCCACCACCCUGGCCUCCUACAUACAACAGGACCUGGGCAGGGAGGGUACAGAAGCGGCCUGGGCACCAGCAGAGAUUGAGGGGGCCCAACGCUCAUCUAGAACCAAGUGGUCAAAUUCUAAUGGCCGCACCCUCUGACAGGCUCCUUCUGUUCCAAGUGGCUGUUCCACAGCCUUCCCAGUAAGAUCUCAUUGGUAGUUUUUUGAGAAUACUUGUUUUUCAACUCAUCCCUCCUUUUUUCCUAUUUCUCUUCUCAGAGAGAUAUCAUCAGUUUGUAAUUUGGAGAUGGGUUAAGUGGAAGAAGAAGCAGGACUUCAUGGCCCAAAUGGAUUUUAAAGAUUUGGGGGUGGGCCCUUUGCUAACCGGAAAAUGUGAUGUCUGCCACGGGCAGCUGUGUCCACAAGGCUCUCAGGGUGUGGGCUCCCUCCCACUGUCUCGUUCCUCCUGGCCCAAGUGAGAAAUUCAUUGAGCCCUCUCAAGGCGAGAGCUACAUUUUAAAAACAUUUACAGCUUCAUCAGUCUGAGAAACUUGUAAUUCUUGAAAUUCUGAUCUCAUUCAAGUGCUCCUUUGCACUUUGCCUGUGGAGUUUAUGGUGAGGCUAUUGAUGUCUCAAUCAUGGGUCUUUGUUCUGAGAUAAUUCUUUAUGAAGUGCCCUGAGGGUAGAGUUGAUUAUCUAAAAAUAUUUUUUUUUUCAGAGCUCCCCAAUUGACUCAGGGCUCAAGGAGUUAAUUCCAGUGAGUCAGAUGUUUUUAGCAUCUAUGUGCCCCAUCUCCAAAGAAGUAGUCCUGGUCUUUGGGAAUACCUCCUACACUGCAUAAGGGCAUAGCAGAUUUUUGACCUAGCUACAGUACAUUACAAAACUCAAAAUAUUGCUUUGAAGAUGGCACUCUGGGAAUAAGCAUGGGGCUCCAUGAGUCCCCUUCUGUCCCUGCCAAACCCUCUUCCAUCCAGUGACAAGCCAUGGGCGUGCCCUGGGCAUGCAUGCAAUACAGCAAGACCAACACAAGAGCAAUAUUCAAUUGUUCGUUAGAUCUAAAAUUAUAUAUAUAAUAUAUAUAUAAUUCUUUCUGCAUUUUUGAAGUGUAAAGGAGUACAUUGUACAUAUCUGUAAGCUAGUAUCUUUGUUUCACUGUUUGUAAUAUUUAAGAGAUGCUUGUUCUUUAUAGAACAAAAGUAUUAAAUAUCAAAAAACACUCUGUGAUAUUUAAUUUCUUUUUCAAAAUUUGUAAAAUGUUGCUCCUCCCUAAGCUCUCUGGAAAUAUUCAUAACUUAUGGGACACAUGUAAACCCUCGAAGAUCCUUCCUGGAAUUUAGCGCCGCACAAAGGCGGUGUGUGGACAGAGCACUUACAGAGCAUGACUUUUCUGUGUGUGGGAUGGCCAUGUGUCUGUUUACCUUUAAGGUGUAUUUACUGUUACAAUUCCAUGACCUAGUUUAUUGACAGUUAGAACAAUCCCUCUUGCACACAAGUUUCUAGUCGUCAUCAAUGUUCUGAAAAUAAUAAGCAUAUUCAAAUAAAGCUUUGGUUCUGACAUGCG